CUAACUAUGAUGCACAUUUUCCAGCAUUCUCAUUUCCCCAGCCCAAGAGCUCAUGUUUCUUCUCUCUCGCCAUUUCUCUAUCAUUUCAUGCACUCGCUUUCACCCAAUUCAGAUUUCGCCCCUCUCUCCCAGCUCUUACAAGGCCGGAUUCCCAGCUCUCAUCUCGUCCAAAUCCACGCGCGCGUUUUUCGUCUUGGCGCACACCAAGACAACCUCGUAGCUACUCGCCUUAUCGGCCAUUACCCGUCCAAGCAAGCUCUCCACGUUUUCCAUCACCUACAGAAGCCCAAUCUUUUCCCUUUCAACGCCAUUAUCCGAGUGUUAUCUGAAGAGGGUUUAUAUUUUGAUGCGUUUUUGGUGUAUAAAAAUUUGAAAUUAAAGUUCCUCUCUCCCAAUGACUUGACGUUUUCUUUUCUCCUUAAAGCUUGUACCCGCGCCAGUGAUUCAAGUUAUGUUCAGCAGGUUCAUGCCCACGUUGUAAAGUUUGGAUUUUUAGUUAAUUCUUUUGUCUGUAAUGGUUUGUUGAGCGUGUACGCUAAGACCCUGAAAGAUUUCGACUCUGCUUGUAAACUGUUCGACGAAAUGCCUCAAAAGGAUGCGAUUUCUUGCUGGACUUGUUUGAUUUCGGGAUAUGCCAAGUCGGGUCAAUCUGAGAAAGCUCUUUCAAUAUUCUUGGCAAUGGUUAAGGGGAAUUUGAGACCUGAGAAGGAUACUAUGGUUAGUGUACUAUCUGCUUGUUCUAAUCUUGGUUUUGUACAGGUUGAGAAUUGGGUCAAGAAUUUAUUGGAUACAGUUAAUAGCCAUUAUGAUCUGAAAGAUUUUAGCUUUGACUCUGUGAAAACUGUUCUUGUUUAUUUGUAUGGUAAAUGUGGAGAGGUUGAUAAGAGUGGGGAGAUGUUUGAUCAGAUAUCAGUUGAGGGGAAGAGAAGUGUGCUUUCUUGGAAUACCAUAAUUGGUGCCUAUGUCCAAAAUGGAUGUGCUUUGGAGGCUCUAAGUUGUUUUCGGUUGAUGACAGAGCAGCACAAGUGUAGUCCUAACCAUGUCACAAUGGUUAGUGUGCUCUCGGCUUGUGCUCAAGUUGGUGAUUUGGACCUUGGUGUUUCGGUCCAUGAGCACAUCAUGAAAUCGAGCCAACGAGAGGGAGUUGGAGUACUUUCGAACAAAAAUCUUGCAACCGCGCUGAUAGAUAUGUACUCCAAAUGUGGGAGUUUGGAGAGGGCGAGGGAAGUGUUUGAUGAAAUGGUUGCAAAAGACGUCGUCUCAUUCAAUGCCAUGAUCAUGGGCCUAGCGGCGAAUGGUGAAGGGGAGACCGCGAUGAGACUUUUUGCCACGAUGCUAGAGCUCAAUCUGAAACCAAAUUCAGGCACAUUCCUUGGCAUCCUAUGCGCUUGCAGCCACUCGGGACUAUUGCAGAAAGGCCGGGAGAUGUUCAAGGAGAUGAGCCACCGCUUCUCUAUUGCCCCGAAACUAGAGCACUAUGCUUGCUACAUUGACCUCCUUGCUCGAAUGGGUUGCAUUGAAGACGCUCUUGAAGUAGUUUCCUCGAUGCCUUUUGAACCAAACAAUUUCGUGUGGGGGGCUCUGCUCGCUGCCUGCCUGCUUCAUAACAAACUAGAACUCGCCAAUUUCAUCUCUUCCUUGCUUGUUCAGGUGGAUCCGCAUAGCUCUGCUGGCUAUGUGAUGCUGUCCAAUGCAUUUGCCAUAGAUCAUCACUGGAACAAUGUUUCGGGGCUGAGAUCUUCCAUGAAGGAAAGCGGGGUAACCAAGCAGCCCGGUUGUAGCUGGAUCAGCAUCGAAGGAAAUGUGCACGAGUUCCUUGCAGGAUCUGCAAGGAAUUUUCAAGAUGGAAGAAUACAUGAUGCACUUGAGGGAUUACUGAAGGAGAUGAAAUUACCAAGUGCAUAGAGAAUUUGAUAGCCUUUUUUGUAGGAUUAUGUGUUAUUUUUUGUACAAAUUACAGCUAAGAAUAUAGAUUGAAGAUGCAAUCUUUUGUGUACAAUUUCAGGUUUAUGCCAUUCAAUUAUAUGGUAUUUGGCAAUUCUUGUGAGA